CCACCAUCGUCGAACGCUCUCGGUCGAAAGGGUUCCCAAGCUUCAUGGAGGAGAGUGGAAGUUGAAGGGCCAUUGGGAAAGAUCGACAUGCCCCUCGCUCCUUUCAUCACAAUUACACCAAACGAAGAGACGCGGACGCGGACGUUAACCAUCGCGGAUGACAGAGACAAGAAGCAAAGGGGCAUGUGGGGAAUGUCACGAGCGGUCCUCCAAAACCACAUCCUUGGUGUCAGCGAAGGGCACGCGGCGAUCUUACGACUGGUCGGUGUCGGAUACCGUGCGACCGUGGAGAAGAGUGCAAUCACCAAGACACCAGAGUAUGAGGGUCAAGAGUUCGUCUCUCUGAAGGUCGGAUACUCGCAUCCUAUCGAACUCGGCUUGCCGAAGGGCGUCAAGGCGAGCACACCACAACCGACGCGGAUAUUGCUGGAAGGCAUCGACAAGGAGGUCGUCAAACAGUUCGCGGCUGAGAUCCGUGCAUGGAGAGUGCCCGAGCCGUACAAGGGAAAGGGCAUCUUUGUCAACGAUGAAACGAUCAGGUUGAAGGCGAAGAAGAUCAAAUGAAGAGGCUGUUUCUGUACUGUAAUAUAUCACAUUUGUACAAUUGUAACAAAUCAUUGCGACCAACACUGGGGUAUCCAAGAAGUAAAGCCGUG